UCAUUAUCGUGAGCUACAAUGUUUUGGCGCCAAUUUGUCUUCAUAUCAGAAUUAGUAGAGUGGACGCUGGGAGCCGGUGUGUGGGGAUGUGACAGAGAUACGGGGACUGUUGCAAGGAAGGCGCUGGGGGCCCGUGUCGGAAACUGUGGGAAAGAAAGAGUCUUUCAGCGCUCGUGAAGUUUUUGUUGUUUUAUGGACCUGGGGAACGCGCCAUAAACUCUGUCUGAGGUACCGUGUGUGAGGUACUCUGUGUGACCGCCUGGGAAGAAGCACUGUCGGCGAGAUACCUCUAGAAGAUCCUCUGUCACACGGGUAGAGAGAGAGAGUGAGUCUGGGAAGAUCCUCUGUCACAGAGAUAGACAGCUUGGAACAUCCACUGUGAGAGAGAGAGAGAGCGGCCGGAGGACAAAUUGAGAGAGACAGCUUGGAACGUCAAUCACUGUCACAGAGAGAGACAGCCUGUGAAGAUCUGCUGUCAGAGAGUCAGCCUGGGAAAAUCCACUGUCACAGAAAAGAGAGAGUCCGCCUGGUAAGAUCCACUGCCACCACAGAGAGAGAGACAGCCUGGGAACAUCCACUGUCACAGAGAAAGAGAGAGAGAGAGACACAUCCUGGGAAGAUCCACUGUCACAGAGAGAGAGAGCGAGAGACAUCCUGGCAAGAUCCACUGUCACUGAGAUAGAGACAGCUUGGGAAGAUCCACUGUCACAGAGAUAGAGAGACAGCUGGGGAAGAUCCACUGUCACAGGAGAGAGAGAGAAAGACAGCCUGGGAAGAUCCACUUGCACAGAAAGACAUACUGGGAAGAUCCACUGUCACAGAGAGGGAGCCUGGAAAGAUCCACUUUCACGAGAGGGAGCCCAUAGCUUGGCAAACACCAUCGUAUGUAAAAACAGGAGAGGCUGAAAUCAGUCUUCUAAAAUGAAUGCUACAAUAGCCCCUCGGACUGACCAAUGGCACAAUUACCAAAUUAUUACUGCCCUUCAUUUGUAGAAGUUUCAAGAGAGACAGGCAGUCUGGUAAAUAAAGAGGUGCUGCAGUCAAACAGCACAGCAACUGGGCAACCGAACACAAGCAAAAAGUGAACAAAACAUGCAGAAUAUGUGACAGUUGAAAUGGCCAUUUAAAACAGAGAAAAUGUUUGUGACAGACCAUUUUAAGGAGGAAGAACACGGCCAGAAUAUAAGAGAGCUUUGCAGGCAAACUAAGCAAUAGGACGGUGAAGUGACAAGUUCAGAGGUAACUGUUCUUCUGUAUCUCUGGAGAGAGAAAAAGGACGACUCUUACAUUCACCUCUAAGGUGCCUGCUCAUUAUGCCUGUUCCAGGAGAUGACAUGGGAGAAACUCCCCUGACUCGCACCCCAAUUCCUGUGCCUGCUCACUUUAGUCAGGCAGAGCAAAGCUUUUCACUUAAGAAAAGAGGGCGCUCCCUUUGCUAUACCCUCCCGCCCAGACCUCCAGUUAAGAGCGCUCUACCUGUUAGCCGUAUAUUUCCAAACAAACAGCGAUCUUGGAGCCAGCCCAGACCACAAAGUGUUUCUUUUCAAAGUCCCCAAAAUAAACCCCCUGCAAGCAAACUUUAUGACCAGAGCAAAGGAGAGACCUUUUUCAAGCAGUGUUUUAGAAGCAUUUGUAAAUUAGGAAGAGGAUCCUUCGGGGAGGUGUACAAGGUACAAAGCCUCGAGGAUGGAUGCUUCUAUGCUGUAAAACGUUCAGUAUCUCCAUUCCGCGGUGAGUCAGACCGCCAACGGAAGAUUCAAGAGGUGAGGAAGCAUGAGAGAGUUGGGGAACACCCCAAUUGCCUACGUUUUGUGCGAGCAUGGGAAGAGAAACGAAUGCUCUACCUCCAGACAGAGUUAUGUGCAGGUAGUCUGCAACAGCAUUCAGAAGAAUUUGCUGGGCCUCUUCCUUCACGUCGAGUAUGGAACAUAACUUGUGACCUGCUGCAUGGUCUCAAACAUCUCCAUGAUCGUAACCUUCUGCACCUUGACAUUAAAGCAGCCAAUGUCUUCAUUUCUUUUUCUGGUGUUUGCAAACUUGGUGAUUUUGGGCUCAUGGUAGAAUUGGAUGGGACAGAAGGAAGUGGGGAAGCACAGGAAGGCGACCCUCGAUAUAUGGCACCUGAACUGUUGGAUGGUAUCUUUUCAAAAGCUGCUGAUGUGUUCAGCCUUGGAAUGACUCUUCUAGAGGUUGCUUGCAAUAUGGAACUUCCGAAAAGUGGAGAGGGUUGGCAACAACUGAGACAAGGGCAUCUCCCUACAGAGUUCACAUCAGACCUGCCACCAGACUUUCUGAAAGUUCUUGCUGCAAUGCUGGAGCCUGAUUACCGCCGCCGCGCCACAGUAGACUGGCUGCUCUCCCUUCCCGCUAUCCGUAGUGCAGAGAGAUGGAGGACGGUGACACUAACUCAGGAAAGGACACUUGCCAAGAUAAUAACAGUCUAUCAGUUCAUCGUUUGGCUCCUGUCAUUUGUGUUACAAGGGUUAAAUCGUCCAGUUGUGGGAUUUUUACAUUACUGUGGAUUGAGGGCACUUCCAAGGUCACCUCCCUGUUCUCCUUCUCCAAACCAGCUUGGGGAGAGCAGCUUCUCUAGUGACUGGGAUGAUGAGAGUCUUGGUGAUGAUGUGUUUGACGUACCACCCAGCCCAUUGACCACUCACCGGAACCUGACAUACCAUGGGCAGGAGCUCAUUGGCAGACAUUCUCCAGAUCUGCGCUCAAGGCCAUCACUAGGAAGUACCUCUACACCUCGAAACUUGUCUCCUGAAUUCAGCAUGAGGAAGAGGUCUGCCCUGCCUCAAACUCCUAAUAUCAGCCGGAUUAGUCAGGAUUCUACAGGCAAGUCUAGUAGCCCCUCCACCAGUCAUAGCUCCUCUGGAUUUGUGGAUGCUGAGGUCCAGCGUUCCUCGUUUCUUCCUCGCAAUCUGCUCAGUAUGUUUGACGAUGCCACCGAGCAAUGAAAGCAGUGCCGAGUACUGCGCAGUCUUGUUUUUUUUUUUCGAUCACAUAUUUGACGCCAACCAUUGGCCUUUCAUAUGAAAGUUAAGGUGAGAUGUCUAUCAAAUACUGAAUGUAUUGAGACAGUGGCUGGUUCUCUUUACACUUGCACAUUUAACUGUGAAAAUGACUUCCGAUAUCUGCAUUUUAGCAAAAAAAAAAAAAAAAAUAUGCUGUUAAAAAAGGGUGACUGGAUUGCGGGUUCACAAAUAGUAAUAAUAUAUAAUAGAUGAGUUUUUCAUGAUUGUGCCAUGAUUACUGCUAACUCUUUAUAUAUGUAAAGUUUUCUGUU